UAGCACUGUAAUAAGAGGUCAUUGUUAUCUGAUGUCAUGAAAUAGGUUCUUACGAGAACAGGAUAUCGCAAAUUAGAAAUCUGUCUGUAUAUAACGUACAAAUUUGCUUGAAGCGUCGACCAGAAUACCGUAGCAUGUAUGCACGCCUCUACACGCUUUCUGUAUAGGAAUACAUGAUAUUCCUCACCAUUUCAGAUACGCCAAUGACUUAUACUCGGUAGAGAAAUUCUAUAAAGUUGCUGACACCCGCAUUUCAAAAUAUAUUUACUCCCAAACUGGAAGAAAAGGACAGGAAGGUAAUAUUAAGUUACCAUGUUCAUUAAACAGUUCUGAACCGCAUUGACUUCUUAGAUGCUGGAAUUGGAGGCGAUAAUCGUGUAACAUAGCACUAACACCGAAAGAGAGAGGGAGAAAGACUCGGAGAGAGAGAUUCUCAAGUACUGCCAAGGUCCUCAGCCUGAAGACGUUAGACGAAGUCCACGAGGGGAAAACGCGUUCACGCGUACAUGCUCGAAAUUGUAGUGAAUCAAAAGAACUUACACAUAUAAAUUUAUCUGUGCAAGUGAAGUGUGACAUGGCAAUCAUCUAUCAAAGGCGGUGCCAGCAGUGCCUCAGAGGCUGCACUCUAGGACAGGCAGCAGACUUUCACAUAUACAUUCUGGCAAGCAGAGCCAGCAAUCUAUCUUCAAGUCCAAGUUCUCUCUUGCCAAAAUGUACAUUGUGGAGGUCUUAACAGUGCAAAAUGGAGGAGUUGGUGCACCUGAAGUGGAAUACCCACCAUUCAACAUUCACUGAAAAUCUUAGUAACCUUCGUGACAAGCAAGUGUUUACGGAUGUAACAAUUAGCUGUGGAGACCAGUUUUAUCCAGCUCAUCGUUUAGUCUUGUCAGCAUGCAGCAGCUUUUUUGCUCGAGCUUUGUCUGUGGCCACCUGCAGAUCACCAGUCCUUUUGCUCCAUGGUAUAGAGCAGUCAACUCUAGAACAGUUGCUGGUGUUCAUGUAUGACGGUGAGGUCACAAUAAAUCACAGCAACCUUCCUAACCUUCUGAAAGCAGCUCGAUGGUUAGGAAUAACAGGACUACAGAGUCCUUUCAACAGAUCAGAUCUGGCAACAAUACAGUCUCCAAGUUUGCAAGGUGAUUCAUCCCAGAUAUUGGACAUAUGGACCCUUUUCAACCAGUUAGUGUCUUCAUCAGGAGAUUCCAGAACAUUAGAGCAGGUUGCAAGUACAUUACAACAAAUAAGAGCCACAUUAGAGCAAGAGGCAUGUGGAAAUGCAACAAACACAGAGACAAACCACCUGUCAUCAAUAGAUUCAGAGCCAUUUCCUGCUGGCAAUAGUGAAGAUGAGCUAGAAGAGUCUGUUGAAUUCAAACCCAUUUUAAUUGAAGGAGACCCACACAAUCUCCUAGGCAGGGAGGAUAUGGCCACCACAGAUAACACUGAAAGUGAAAUGACUGAUGGAAUUAAUUUUCACAACAUCACGGAACGCUUCAUAAACAGCCCUUGUCCUUCUCGACAGAGCUUUGAGAGCAAUACCUUUGAAGGGUGGGAUAGUGAGUCUGUUUCAUACAGGAGGAAGAGUUUAGAACAGUUUGUAAAGAUUCAGACUGGUGUUGAUUCAGAAGAAAAUUCUCAAGAUAUGGUUUUGCGUUACGAAGGUAGUUCAAGCGAACCAGAAAAGGAGAAUGUAGACCACAAACUUGACAAUGGAACAAAAAGGUUUUUAUGUUGCAAGCACUGCAAGAAAACCUUCAAAGUACGGAAAGAUUUGGUUGAACAUCUUAAGACACAUGAGUUUCGAGAUAGCUUCUGUGUAAUCUGUGAAAAGCAGUUCUCAAGCACAGAAGCCCUAGACAAACACUUACGACUGCGCAGUGUGUACUCUUGCUCAGUGUGUAGGUAUAUUACACAUUGCAAACAGCGCCUCUCCAGACAUCAUGCUAUGCAUAAGACAGAGGAAAUGGUUUUAUUGAAAGACGUACAGCCUGAACCAGCAUCCCAGACACAUACUGAGGAGGAUAACACAUCUGUUGGAGAACCUUCAAAAACGGAUUCAAGUUCUUUCAGGUGUCCUGCAUGUGAUGAAAUUUUUAUUGACUACCUAGAACUUAAGAAACACAGCACCAAUGGUUGCAAAAGGUUGAUUUGUAAGUAUUGCAAUAAAAUCUUCUUACCCACCAAGACCAGACAAUACAAUCGCCAUCUCAAGACUCAUAAAAUCAAAAAGAGGUUUUCAUGUCCCUACUGCCCUUAUAGUUGCGAUCGAAAAAGAAGUCUUACAGACCACGUAUCCAAACACACCGGUGAAUACCGCUUUUCAUGUUCGUUGUGCAAUUACAAAUGCACAAGAAAUGUAUCACUUAGGCUCCACAUGGAGAAAAAACACAAAGAUGUGAACUGUAUUUCAAAAUCUGUAUAAGGUUUUUCAUAGUUAUUAUAAUUUUCCCUAAUAUAUGUAUUUUUCCCCUUAACCCAAUUCUGCUGGGAAGAUCUGAUGUUCACUGUAGUACUGUUUUGUGAAAUAUAUCUGCACAUAGAUAGCUCCACAAGUGAUCAGCCACCAAGGAUUCAGUUUGUGGUCAAUGUCACCUCACCUGAUUUUCUCCUUCCUUGAAUUUUCAGGGAAAUUUUUUUUAUUAUCAUUGCCUUGCUGGUUGGCAAGGAUCUGCAUUAUGCACAGUCAAACAGCUCCAAUUCCCGAUCUAUUGCUUGUUGGAGGAAAGCCAUAUCAUUUGUUUAAUUGUGAUUCUGUUGUUGAUAUUAUUAUUGACAAUAUAAUUAUUACAAUGUUAUUAACAAUACUAAUAGCAGUAUUAAAUAAAAUAUCUCUGAAAAUCAAGGAAAAUGGACAACAGGUGAGAUAGGUCAGACUAGUGAUUAACUCGUUGGUGGCUAAGCCUUUGAGGAGCCAUUUAUGUAUAAAUACAAUUA